GCCUCAGUAGCUCAGUUGGUAGAGCCCUCUCUAGAACACAGAGUGCUCUGCCUUGCUCUGUAUGAGGGAUUCAGCCCAGCCAGCUGAGCUGCCUAGAACACAGAGUGCUCUGCCUUACUCUGUAUGAGUGAUUCAGCCCAGCCAGCUGAGCUGCCUCAGUGGCACAGUGCCAAAAGCAGUGGACACAGCAAUUUGAAAAUUAUGUGACCAAGGAGACUCUUGGAGCACACAUGGUCCAACAUUCUAGAAUCCUAAGUUGUGGGCUUGGUUGGCAUAAGCGCGUGCGCGUAAGCUGUAAGGUACGUGGGCGCGGUUUAGGGGGUAGUUUGCGCAUGCGCACAGUGACGGAAUGAGGGCCUAGCUAGCUAGCUAGCUAGAGGGAUGAUGCGCUCGGUGUCUUUCGUGGAUCGUCUGGAGUUCGAGUUCGCAGGCAACCAUUCCUCCCACGGCCUCUGCCUGGGAGACGUGGACGGAGACGGACUGAACGAGCUGGUGGUAGGGAGCGUAGACGGUGUCUUAGCCAUUUUCAAGGAAAUCAAGAACACAAAACCAUGGAGAAAGUGUUCGGACCUUGGAAUGAUAACCAGCGUUGCAGUUGGGGAUAUCUUGAACAAGAAGAAGAAUUUGGUGAUUGUCUCCACAACAGAAGGACUCUGUCAUAUCUUCGACUUCCAUCAAAAUCAAACAAAUAGCGGGAAAGGUUCUUCGGAGGAAGGGUCCAAGACUGGAACCGGAAUCAGACCGAUCCACAGCCAGUAUCUCUCCCUCAAUGUCAAGACACUACUUGUCGACUGCAUUGACCCAGGAGGAGCAGUUGAUGUGUUUGUUGGCCACACUGACAGAGCAGUUGGUGCCUAUCGUUGGGAUUCGGAUACCCAUUCUCUUGUGGCCCUCACCGAGAGACUGCCUCUAAAUGGACAGGUUGGCUCUUUGUCAGUGGGCGUGGUCCCAGGAAGGAGUGGUGGGUGUGGCCAACUGCUCGUCUCCCAGGCCGGAGGCACUUGCAUUCCCCUGGUCUAUUCCAGUAGCCACACACCCCGGGAUGGGAAUGGGACCAAGACCGGGAACAGGAAUGAGACUGAGACGGGCGCGGAAGCUGGGGCAGAACUACCCAGUAAUGGAUGGAUGGUUGAGCUGACCUAUCAGAAGGGCAGUGUUGAUGGCAUCAUUGGAGUUGUACAGAGAAGAAAUCCAAUCGUUGGGACCGAGAUUGUGGGGAACAUAACCCCUGCCCCUCAAUCAAUCGAUCAUUCGUCUUCUUCUUCUUCUUCUUCGGGAAACCAAGUGGGAAGAAAGGGUGACGGGACGGGAUUGUGUGGAACACUUACUGCACUGUGUACAUUGGAUGGUUCUAUCAAGUUGUUGAAAGAUGAGAACAAGCAGUGGGAGCUACAAGUCGAUCACAGCAUCUUCUCCCUUCACUGUCUAGACACUACUGGAUGUGGAGGAGACGAGAUUGUUGGCUGUGCCUGGGAUGGAAUGACGUACAUUGUAGAUCAGAAGAGAAACGUCGUAAAAUUUAACUUUGGGGAGAACGUCUGUGCCUUCUCUGCCGGGAAGUACGGUUGCGAAGGCAGGGAUGUUCCAUGUCUGGUUUACACUACAUUCCACGGUCAAAUCUUCAUCUAUCGCAACGUCACUCUUCCUUCCAUACCUUCCACCAACAUGCUUCAGUCUCUCAAAACUAACGAUUUUCCAGUGGAAGUCAGACAAAAAUGGGACUCAUUCACUGAUGUGCAGAAAAGGACUCACAUUCGUGACUGCCUCUACGCACCACAUUCACAAUCAUGAAUGUUUUGCGCUAAUAUUAUAAUUAUACCGGG